CAUUCCAUGUGAUACUCUUAUCUUUGAUAAUGGAGAUAUUGCAUUGAUGAAAGUAGAUAAAAGAACAAAAAACAUUGAAGCGUGUUCACAGCCCGAACGAAUUAAUAUGCAACUCAAAAAUUCUCUUUUAAAGUCUGAUAAUAAAAACAAAAUAAUUAUUUACUUUUCACCUAUGAACUUGAAUGAUGAUGAAUUCAAUGAUUUAUGUAAAGGUUUUGAAACUCAGAACUUAAAUGAAGGCAAAGAAAAUUCUAUGAAAAUAGAUGAGAAAGUUAAAUUGAAUGAAACACCACAAGUUAUGGGUGAAGAAAAUGUGAGCG